CAGUUAUGUUGUAUUUAAACUUGUGCGAAUUGUGCCAAAAAAAGAGCUUUAUGAUUAAACCUAUUACAUCAACAGAUAAUAUAAAUUUACAUUAUCAAGAUCUGGUUGACAUUCAUACGCAGACUAAUGGUAAUUACAAUUUUAUUUUAGUCUUUCUAAAUCCUUCAACAAAUUUGGUGUAUAAUAAAUAACUAGAAUCCUACAAUUUUUAACUUGUAAAUAUGUUGAGGCAGUUACAUUUGAGUUACUAUUCUUUAAUUUUCUGUUGUACUUAGCAUAGAAUCUUUAAAUUGUAGAUUGUUAUAUUUGAGUUUUUUAAAUUUUUUUUAGCGAACAAUUACAAAACACACUGGCGAGCUAUUAGAGAAUCUUAUAAAAAUAACUUGAAUACAAGAAAAUCAAGUACCAGUUCAGCUGCUAAAAAUAAAUCAAAAUACAACAAGUCAUUAAGUUCUAUAAUUGACAUCCGACACGAUAAAAGGUAUAAAUACAUAAUUAUUACUAUCAGAAUGAAAUAAAAUCAUAAAAUUAUCUACCUAGUACCUAAACUAAAUAUCAAUUGAAUUUUAUAAGGGCUGUUUUGUUUUUGUAAUAACUAAAUAUAUACUCUUCUAUUACCUAUAAAAUUAUAUUAUUAUCAGGUAUAUAUUUUACUUAUAUUAUAUUUUUAUCAUGUGCAUCUAAUUUUAAUGAAUUUAUAGAUUAUACAAUGUCUUGUCGCAUGUGCUCUACGUAAAUAAUAAUAAUUUAGUUAGUUUUUUUGUAAUAAUUAAUUUUAAUUUAGAAAAUACAUACAAGUACAUAAUUUUAGAUUCUGAGCGCAGCAAGGAAUGGAUUUGUUUCACUAGGAUAUGUGCUUUUUUUUUUUUUUUAUCAUAAUCACUUCUACCAAAAAUCUUGACCAAAUCAAAAAAUAAAGAGACCAAUUUUGUACCAUUUUGGAUUUAUUUGAUGCAUAAAGAAGUAUUUUUAUGGUUUUCUAAAUAGUUUUCAUAAUUAUAAGGAAAAAAUGAAUAGAAAACUAAUAAAUUUAUGGAAAUUAAAGUUUCAUUAUUUCAAAUUUUUUUUUUAUGAGAAGUCUGGAUAGUUAUUGAUGCUUUUUCAUUAUAUUUCAAUUAUAUAUACUCAAAUAGUUACCUAAAUAUACAUAUGUAUGUCCAAAAAAAUGUUUAUUUCAGCUAAUAAUAUAUUAUAUAGAGCCAUAAAUUAAAAGCAGGAAACAUAGAGAAUCUAAAUAUUAAAAAAAAUAAUUAAAUUAAGGUUUUGCUUAUGGAGUGGACUUGAUACUUUAGCCACUGAUAGAGUGUCAUACAGCAUGAUAAUAAUUAAUAAUAAUUGUGUAAUGUAUAAUACUUUAAAAUCAUUCAAAUCUAAAUUUAUAUAUUUUCUAGUUUCUUGUUAUAAAAGUAUUUCUCCUUCAAUAUACUUACAGGCUGAUUCAUUUAUAUGGCCAUACUCGAUAUUUUUUCAAAAAUCUUUUUUUUGUUAAUUUAAAAAAAACUAACAGCUCUAAAAUUACAUCUAAAUACAAUCUUACAUUUGAUAUUAUUUUUAGGAGUGAACUAUCUACUUUUAAUUUUCAAAUGGCGCAACCUAUGUUAAAAAUUUCAUUAAAUGUGGAGUAUUAGUUAAAAUAAAUAUUAGUGUUGAAACUGUAAUUUUCCGUUAACCCCUUAAUGAGAGAUUCCACUUUUAAGUUUAGGUAAGGGAAGAGUAGGGAAAUAUAAUUUUUAUGGAGCUGUGGUAUGCAGAGUUUUUAUAGUGUGCCACUAUUCUCCCACUAACUGAACUUAAAAGUAAAAUAUUGAGUGUAGUCACUUAAAUUGAACGCCCUGUAUCACUACACCACUAAAAAUUAUUUGAAUUAAUAUAAAAGCUAUUCUUGCAUAUAAUACCAGAUAGUUAGAAAUAUAUAAAACAAAAUUUAUUUAUUUUAAUAUCUUCUAAUGAGAGCAUAUUUUUGUGAUUUCAGAAAAAAAUCAAAUUUUUCAGUUGGUGAAAAAUUUUCGAGUUCAGAUAUGGUCAGUUUGAUUUACUCAGAUAUUCAGAUUAAAAGUUUCAAUCAAACUGAUUCAACAGAGUGUGAUGAAAUGUAUCCCGAACAAAUUUUACAAAAUACUGGCUCAGCACUUAAUGUGCCACCUGAAACUAAAUAUCAACCAAAAUUAGGAUUUAAAAAACUUAGCGGAAUGCAAGAAGGAAAGGAUGAAUUAAGGGAAGAACAAGAAGAAUUAGCCAUAAUGGAAGAAAUGAAAGAAGCAAAAUAUAGUAAGAAUAAUCCUAUCCAAUUAUUUUUUCAAAGAAUGGCGUCAACAGUUAUGACUUUUCCACCUGAAUUGGCAAUUGAAACAAGAAAGCGAGUAAAUGAUAUUGUAUCUGAAAUGGAACUAUUUGCUAAUGCUUUGAGGACAAAAGCAAUGAAUAAACCAAUUGAACCAAUAGAUAUGCCACCAAUAUUUUAAAAUCCAAAAAUAAAGAUCCACUACAUAAUUGGUUGCGUAUACCUCCAUAUAAUGUACAAAAAAGUUUAUAUUUUUUUUUUUUUUAUUGUUACUAUGUUUACAUUUUUAUGAUUUAACUAGAUAUUAAGUGUUGUUAUUACUAAGAACAAUUAUCAUAUUAUUAUAUUUACUCUAGAAAAUAGUUUUCUAAACAAGGAGCACACCCAUAUAAGGAGGCGUGAACACAUUAAUGGUGAGACACAAGCAAUUUUAUAAUUAUUAUUAUCAAUAAAAAAUUAGUUAUUGUAUGUAAUUUAUUUGUAAAAUAUACAAAAAAAGUCAUCAAUUUAUGGAGAGGGGACUGAGAUUUUUUUAAAUCUAGAAAGGAAGCAUGGAAUCAAAUGAUUGAGAACCACUUCCUAUAGACUAAGAAUAUCAUCUAAAGACAAAUGAUUUUUGAUAAUUAAAUUUCACUCAUACUUAUUAGUUAUUUAUUUUAGUAAUAAUUACAGAUAAAUAUAUGUUUUGAUAAAAUUAUGUUUAAAAAAAACAAAGGUAAUUCCAGAAGUCUACUUUUAUAAUGAAAAUGUUGCUGAUAAAAUAAUUUGUUAAAGGAAGUACAUAAUAACAUAAUAUAAUGUGCACUAACUACCCAGAAUAAGUUCAUUCAAUUUUUUUCUGUAAAUACAAAAAUACAAUUCCAAUUAGAUGAAAAAUAAGCUAUUAUAGAUGUGUGUAGUUAUUUGAUG